ACCAAACAAUAAACAUGGCUGACAAAGUCUUGCAGAACAAAAUAUUACGAAUUUUAAACAUGAGACCUAAGAAAGCCGAAAGUUUGACCAAACUAGUACAAAGCUUACGUGUACCUAAAAAAUCCGUCAAUGUACAGUUAUAUUAUAUGGCACGGAAAGGCCUCGUUGAUAAAAUAACCGAUUCGCCACCUGUUUGGGCAGUGGGGAAUUCUACAGGAAGUCAACUUUCACUUUCGAAUUUUGCAGAAGGAAGGGCUUUGCGAUCAAGAACUAAACGAUCUGCUAGAAAGACAUCAUCAUCAGAUAUUACUGACAAGAUAUUAGAAUAUCUGUCAAGCGCAAGUUGUCCCAAGAAGUCAUUGGACAUUGCUAAGGGUAUCGGCUUUACUCGUUCAGCGGAUGUGAACAGCACCUUGUACCAGCUGGAGAAGGGAGGGUUAGUAGUGAAGCAUGCUCGGAAGCCACCACUAUGGAGUGCUGUUAAACAACAGAUGGAGGAUGAGGAGGGUUCUGUAUCAGGACCAGUAGGUGACCAAGCAAAUGCUUUUCAAAGUCCAUUAUUUCCAAGUUAUGGGAACGUUGACACAAGUCAUCAGGACAUUUCUUCCACCAAUGUAAAAUCUGAACAAGAAGAGGGUUUUAUGACUGCAGAAUCUGCAAUACAUGUGUAUGACAUGGGCGGUCUGCCACAACAGCAAGGGUCUGGGAGGAACACAUUGAAUGACCAAGGCAUUGAUUUUAAUGCUUGGAAUAGUGGCAAGAUGUCAACAGUGUCUAUGGCAACUGAAAGAAGUCUAGGGUAUAUGGCAGGUAAACCCAAGACCUUCAGGUCUGUGUUAGGGCUUGAUGAACCUCUGUCAGAUGAUGAUUCCGUGGAUAGUUUACCGGCUCAAAAUGACAAUAAAUGUACUAUGGAGUCUAAUGAGGAAAUGCCACAUAUCUAUGGGAAUGUAGAAAGUCGGGUUUGUUCAAACGAAACAGUAAACAAAUCUUCACUCCAUGGUUUUAGUUCUAUGUCACCAAAUUGUGUUUCAACCAUUAAAAAAGAAGUAUCACCAUUUGGAACACCUGACAUUUUGAGUUUUGUUUUGGACUAUGCACCAACCAGUGAAAAAAGGACUUUAAAGUCUGACCCUGAUGACUAUGCAAUGGGUACAGAAUCUGUGGAAGUCAGUGGUAGCUCGAAUUACAGAAGACAAACUGAGAUUAUGGAGUCAGGUACAGAAGACAGUGAAAAUAGUAUAACUGACUCAAGUAGCGGUACACCUAAUGUUCAGGAAAAUAUGGUCGACAUAGAGUGUUCAAAAGAUGCCGAAAAUGAGAAUGAGGGUUCCCUAAAUGUGUUCUCUGCAUGUUUUCGCUAUGGGGAAGUUAGUGAGUCACAAUGCUUAGAAGUACUUAAAACUAUACAUGACAGUUUAGGUUUAGCUGAAUUCGUGUUAAAAAAGAAAGUUAAUAUGCUCCCGAAAUGUCUUAGUGAUGUUAUGCAAAAGCUUGCUGAUCUCAAUUUUGUAACUGGAAGUGCCAAAUUUUGGAGAGUAUCAGAUGAAGGGAAGAAAUAUUUGGAACAUUCUGGGAACUCGACUGCCAAUGUGGUUCCCAAAACUGACUCGAGUUCACUGCCAGUAGUUCAAUCGGUUACCAAGGUUACCAAGUUCAGUGGUCCCCCACCCUCCCCUCAGGAGCUACUUAAGGAGAAAGGUUUGUAUGGGAGUGUACCAGCAAGCAGUGUGAGCAGGCAGGAGCCAGUGUCACUCAGAAGUGCUCUGCCUGUCUCCUCAGCUUCUAUUCCGCCCUUGAUGUCGAAAGAUCUUCAAAAUGUAACUAUGACUUCCUCAAAAGUAUUUAGUACUGACUCUGUUAUUCCCCCACUGAUGUCUCUUAGAUUUCCUGAUUCGCGUUCUCAGUCAAAUGAGAGUACAAAUCUGUCAAUAAAAGCAGUGUCAGUAGGGCCAACUUUAAAGUCCACAGAACAACCCCUGUGGUCACCAAUAAAUUCUGUUCUUAGGCCAGGUGCAAAUGAAAAUAGUUUGAAGCCUUCAAAUUCAUCAAACAACAUAUACCAACCUACCCCAAAGCCAGAAGGUCUUGUGAAACCAAAAACUGUUAAUACCGGUAAUAAGUUAGAAAUCCCUGAUAAAUAUGCCGACUAUCCAAAUAGAAUGACAGCUUCUGAAUUGCUGAAGCAAAAGACAGCAUUCAAGAGACCUGGGCAGUUAUCUGGCACCACGUCCACUAGUAGGGGACCACCCCCAUCACCUCUAGAGAUUUUAUCGAUGAGCUCAAAAAAUGCUGGCAUUUCCCAAGCUGAUGCAGAAGAAAUGGAAGAUGGAGGCAGUUUCAGACAGCCAUGCAACAGGUCAUUAGAUAUCCCUGCUUCAAGGACUGACAACAUGUCUCCUAUCUCUGGACCACAGGGUAUAUUCUCCGUAAAUUCAUUUAGAUCUUGUCAAUCGUUUGACACUGAUGCAUUUAGUACAGCUGAGCCUAGACAAGAAUCUUAUAUGUACAAUUCAAUGCCGACACAGAAGUCUAUGUCAGCAUCAGCUGCUUUUAAAGGUCCACCUCCGUCACCCGCAAGCAUUCUAGGUUUUGGACGCCAACCCACUGCUCAGACAGAGAAUUCGUCCACUUUCCCUAAAGAACCAAUGUCUUUACCCUCAGCCAUGUUUUCAUCGAGACAAAAUAGCAAUGACAACAGCACCCAACCAGGCUCAUUACCAAAGUCUCUAACUCCAGCCAGCUUGAGUCUGGCCCUCAGCAGCAAGAGUUUUGCGGCCUUGAACAAGAAUCCAGUCAGCGCACUGAUGGAGUAUGCGCAGUUGAGGAAGAUGGUUGCGAGAGUGGAGGUGGUGAAAAAGUGGGGUGCCUCCCACAAACCAACAUUCGAGAUGGCAGCAUUUGUUGAUAAUCGAAAGUUCCCGUCCAUAACAUGCCACAACAAGAAAGAUGGCAGAAAAGAGGCAUGUGACCUGGCAUUGCGCCAACUUGUGGCAGAGGGGCAGUUUCAGGAAACAAAAACUGCGUCUGCUACACAAAGUUUGAUCCAGUCUGGGUCCUUAAAGCCUAUGACUCACUUUGAUACUGUGGCGGCUCUCACACAUCGCGGGUUUACGGCUCUUGUGUCCGGAAUCCAGGGCGAGGCGUUUGCAGGUCGGAAGGUCAUCGCAGGUCUCGUUAUGAAGAGGUCCGAGGAAGAUGUUGGGGUGCUUGUCAGUUUCGGAACAGGAAACCGAUGCAUCACUGGUCAGCAGCUGAGCUUGCAGGGCAACACGGUGAACGACUCACAUGCUGAGAUAAUCACUAGAAGAGGUUUCAUACGGUUCCUGUACAAGCAGCUCAGGGACUAUGAGGUAGGCAAGCCACACCCAAUGUUUGAGUCCUCCAGCACAGGUCAUCUCCGGGUACGGGACAACAUCACAUUCCAUCUCUACAUCUCCACAGCGCCCUGUGGAGACGGGGCUCUGUUUUCACCCAGAGAUGCAGAUGCACAGAAAACGCCUGUUGAUCCGCGAGUUCGGCCACCACAUGAGCCCACGUUCUCCAGCAAUGUCCAAGGACUCACACGGACCAAGGUGGAAGGGGGUGAAGGCACUAUACCAAUAGAGGCUGAUUUCAAAGGGCAGACGUUUGAUGGGAUCCAGCGUGGCGAGAGGUUGCGCACGAUGUCGUGUACAGACAAGAUCUGUCGCUGGAACGUGCUGGGUCUUCAGGGGGCACUACUCAGUCACUUCCUGGACCCUGUCUACCUAGACUCACUCACUCUAGGUUUGUUAUAUGAGCAUGGACACCUUGCAAGGGCUGUCUGCUGUCGGGUGGGGAGAGGUCAGGUUGACUUUGACACUCUGGUGCCACGCCCAUACCAUCUGAACCACCCGUGGCUGGGGCGUGUCACUGCUUGCAAUCCUCCCAGAGAGGUCCAGAAAACAAAGGCACUCAGCGUUAACUGGGCAUUCGGGGAUAAGGAGCCAGAGGUCACUGAUGGAACUCAGGGGACGUGUCUGACAAGCAUUGAAAAGAACUUCUUCUCUCGAUGCUCCAAACGUAGCCUGUUCAUGGAGUUCCGAGCUGUUUGCGAAAAAUUCUCUCGCAGUGAUCUCUUAGCGUUGUCGAUGUACCAUGAGGCGAAGCUUGCUGCCAAGGACUUUGUGACUGCUAAAGAGGCCAUGUUUGUGAGGCUGAGAGAGAACGGCUGUGGGAAGUGGGUCUCCAAGCCUGUGGAAGAGGAGAUGUUUACACUGACAGACAGCUGAAUCUGUGAGAUGUUUCAACUGACAGAGGGCUGAAUCUGUGAGAUGUUUACAAUGACAGAGGGCUGAACCAGUGUGGAAGAGAUGUUUACACUGACAGAGGGCUGAAUCUGUGUGGAAAAGGAGAUGUUUUCACAGACAGAUGGCUGAACCUGUGAUAUUUUAUGUAUGUCUGGUUUUAUAGGAGACUGGGGUCAUUGUGUGACAAAUGUGUUAUAUUAUGUCUUGUGUUAUAAGAGAAUGGUUGCCUUGUGCGGGAAAUGUGUGAUAUUAUGUCUUGUGUUAUAUGAGAGGUACUGUGCUUUGCAUUAAAGGAAAAUGUGGGCUGUGUGUGCAAAAUUUGCUUAUGCUUGUAUAAUUGGAGACUGGGGAAAUUGAUGGGACAUGUGCUUUAUCAACAGUGGUUUUUUUUAAAGGCCGGUUUUCAGAGUGGUAUUGCACACUUGUAAAAAGAAGGCGUUAAGAAAUAGUUUCAGGUGACCUGUAACAUUGUGUUGCAUACAAAAUGCUGGUGCUAUUGAACAAAUGUUUGUCAAAAGAUUGUUCCUAUUUGCAAAAUGACUUUGUAAUAAACUUUACCUUAAAGUCACAAUUUCGCCCGCAUUUAACAUAUUAAUCUUCAUAUUUGGGACAGUUAGUUCUGACUGCUUGGCUUGUAAAAGUACUCAUGGGCAUAUCAAUUGAAGGUAGUGUUCUUUACUGAUUGUGACUAACAGAUAUCUUUACUAAAACUUAUUAUGCAGUUACUCAAUAGGGAUUUUUAAUGAUUGGUGCCACUUAUUCAAAUGUCUUUAAAUAAAUUACUCUAAAUAAAGAAUGGUGUAAUAAGAGUCAUGAGAAUUGUAUGUGGCAAGUCUUUAAGGUAACAGUUAUUGCUUUUGUGUUGUCAAAUGUAUAGAAUCAAGUUUAGAAGGGGCAUGAUGUCCACUCUAUUAACUGUUAACUGUUAGAAUCAAUAUUUUUGCACUGUGUUAUUUUUGUUUAGUUCUCAAAUGUUGUGACCUUUUUCAUUUGUCAAGAAAACACAAUCAUGUAUGUUAAAAAAUAUUUAUUUUUUUAUAACGGGCAUUAAAAUUAAUGAGCAUAAGUUAAUCGAUAUUAGGUUAUGUCAUUGUAUGUUAAUUGUAUGUUUUUAUGCUGCCUAGGGGGAAGGAUAUACUCGCUGCUCUGUUAGUUAGAUUUGUCUGGGAGAUAUUGCCCUUUGAUUAUUAAUACGCUUUGUCUGUCCCACAUUUCAUUUCCCCAUGGGAUCUCAGACACUGAUAAAGUGGACAUGCGCAUCCUUUCCAGUUCAUUCUCGUCCAAUGAUUUUUUUAAAAGAGUUAUUGUCCUUUGAUUAUACAUAUGCUACUUUUAGUUUCGGUGCGAGAUGUAGGCCACUUAUGAUCGGUAUUUGAUGACAUUUGACAUGCAGCAUUCCAUUAAGGUGAACAUGGGCAUUGUUUUCAGGAAUUUCCGGUCCAAUUAAUUUGUUAUCAGUAGUUGCCAUUUUAUUAAUUAUAUGUCAUUUUCUAAUGGAUUGUUUCUUUCUGAAUGAGAACUCUGGAACUUACCAUGCGAAUUUCAUGAAACUUUAUAUGCACUUUCCUUUAAAGGUGGACAUAACCGCAUUGUCAGUCCAUUCUGCUUAGCUGAUUUUUUUACCCUUUACCACUUAGAUACGUAUUUUGGCGCAUUUGUAGUCCCUUAGAAAGUAACAUUUAAUUAAAUAUCUUUCUUACUAAAUUCAAGUUUUAAAGACUAUUUCUAACCCUUAGUUACUGAUGAGCAGCAAACAGCAUCAAACCUGAACAGACUGCGAGUUACUCGCAGGCUGUUCUGGUUUUAUGCUAGUUACAUUCAUAUAUAGGUUUGACAUACAUAUAUUUUGAGGUUGUUUUUCUCCAAUAAUUGUUCGGGCAGUUAUUGCCCUUUGAUUAAUAGUAUGACAUUUUCUAGUAAAUGAUACGUUUCUGUGUCAGAUCACAGGAAAUAUGAUGUGAAUUUGAUAAACUUUUUGUGCAGUAUCCCCAUAGGGGGGCAUACACAUACUGCAAUGUUGUUAUACCCCAUUGAGUUUUCAGACAGUUAUUGCCCCUUAAAUUAAUUAUAACUAGAAAUGGCAUGGCAGAGGCCCACGCCUCAUGUUUGACCCAGGGGGCACCCCAGGGUUGGUAAUGGGGCCAUGCAUAGGUGAGAUUGCACAUAUUGUCAUAAGAGAAGUUCAGUAUCAAUUAGAAGUAAAUCGGUGUAGAAAUGAAGAAGUUAAUGUAAAAUAACAUAACAAAACGUGUGAAAAUCUCUAACCCGGCCCAACCCAACCCCCAUAACUUUUUACGCAGGGGUCAGAUCAAAUUCCAAAAUAGUGCACGGUCACACAUAUGCUCAUAGCUACCAUGUGUGUAAGUUUCUAGGUUCUAGUGUUAAUAUUGUAGGAGGAGAUAGUAGCCAGGACGGAUGGACAGAUGGCAGAAUUAACCACAACAUCCCCACACUUUUUAAAAAGCGUGGGGAUAAUAAUGUAUCAUUGGUGAGCAUUCAUUAUUUUUAUGCUCCCCCAAAAUAAAGCAUAUAGUCGCCGCUUCAUCUGUCCGUGCGUCAGUCCGUGCACAAUUUUUGUCCGGGCUAUUUCUCAGCAACUAAUGACCGGAAUUCAAUGAAACUUUAUGGGAAGCUUCACUACCAAGAGGAUAUGUGCAUAUUAUCAGCGAGUUCUGGUCGGAUGAUUUUUCACAGAGUUAUGGCCCUUUGAAAUUUUCCAUUAACUGUACAUACAGUGCAAUUCUUGUCUGGGCUAUUUCUCAGCAACUAAUGACUGGAAUUCAAUGAAACUUUAUGGGAAGCUUCACUAUCGAAAGGAGAUGUGCAUAUUAUCAGCCGGUUCUCGUCGGAUGAUUUUUCACAGAGUUAUGGCCCUUUGAAAUUUUCCAUUGUACAUAUAGUGCAAUUCUUGUCCGAGCUAUUUCUCAGCAACUUAUUAUGGGAAUUCAAUAAAACUUUAUGGGAAGCUUCACUACCAACAGGAGAUAUGUAUAUUAUCAGCCGGUUAUGGUCGGAUGAUUUUUCACAGAGUUAUGGCCCUUUGAAAUUUUCUAUAAACUGUACAUAUAGUGCAAUUCUUGUCCAGGUUAUUUCUCCCCAACUACUGACUGGAAUUCAAUGAAGCUUUAUGGGAAGCUUAACUACCUUUAGGAGAUGCGCAUGUUAUUUGUGGGUUUUGGUUAGAUGAUUUAUUUAGAGAGUUAUGGUCCUUUGAAAUUUUUAAGUUGCUAAACCAUCCAUCGUAUUAUUUUGUCCAAAGUUAUGCCCCUCAAGACGUUUCCUUUUAUCUGAAUAUAUAGUGCAAUAUUGUGACAAAAAAAACGCUUUGGGGAGCAUUACCCGUCUCAGACGGUUUCUUGUUAUGAAUGUUUUUGGCAAGAUACACUUUUCUGCAUACAUUUAUUAGUAAUGCCUCAACCUACACUUUGUUAUGAUAACAACUAGGACAUGAACUUUUUUUGUGAUAUGCUGUUUAUGUGAUUAUUCACCUGUCUACAACAAAUUUGAUUUUUUAAAUACAAAUGUUUAAAUGAACAGGUUUCAAGAUGGGUUCUGUACUCCUCGUUGCAAUCCACCCCUUGAAUGUCGUUUUCAUUGUGUGUGCUUUUUUUGUUUUUGAUUGUUUUGUAUUAUCUAACAAAAUAGUGUUAAUAAACAUUGGAUGAUUGCUUCA